GUGUCUAUGUGAGAGAGAAAAAUAUAGACGUUACAACGUCAUUGUCUUUCAAGUUUAACAUUUGUGUGUGUGUUUGUGUUUUAUUUUGAGAGUGAAAGGAUUUUUGGGUGUAAAAUGACAAGUGGGUUUUUGUUGUUGAUCUUUGCUACUUCACUACUUCUUGGAAUCUGCAAUGGAAGCACAGUUGGAAUUUGCUAUGGAAGAAAUGCAGAUGACCUCCCAACCCCAGAUAAGGCAGUAGACCUCAUUAAAAAUCAAAACAUCAAUUACGUUCGAAUAUAUGAUUCCAACAUCCAAGUACUUAAAGCCUUUGCAAACACCGGAAUUGAGCUUAUGGUAGGAAUCCCAAAUUCUGAUCUUUUACCAUUUUCUCAGUUCCAAUCCAAUGCCGACACCUGGUUAAAAAACAGCAUUCUUCCAUACUACCCUGCCACGAAAAUAACAUACAUAACCGUUGGUGCAGAAGUGACUGAAGCUGCUGACAAUGCCUCAUCCAUGGUCGUUCCUGCCAUGACAAAUGUCUAUAAUGCCCUUAGAAAAGCAGGUUUGCACCGAAAAAUAAAAGUCUCAACAACCCACUCUUUAGGGGUUUUGUCCCGCUCAUACCCGCCUUCAGCUGGUGCUUUUAAUAGUAAGCAUGCUGGUUUCUUGAAACCCUUACUUGAGUUUCUUGCUGAAAAGCAUUCACCUUUUUUGGUCAACCUGUACCCGUAUUAUGCGUAUCGAGAUUCAUCAAACAAUGUUUCCUUAGAUUAUGCCCUUUUUGAGUCUUCAUCUGAAGUCAUUGAUCCAAACACGGGUUUGCUGUAUAUGAACAUGUUCGAUGCACAGAUUGACUCAAUAUACUUUGCCCUAUCAGGCCUAAACUUUAAAACCAUUAAAGUCGUGGUCACUGAGACGGGCUGGCCUUCUAAAGGCUCUGCUAAAGAAACUGCUGCAACACCUGAAAACGCCCAAACUUACAACACCAAUUUGAUCCGCCAUGUCAUUAAUAACACGGGCACGCCCGCGAAGCCCGGGGAAGAGCUUGAUGUUUAUAUCUUUUCGUUGUUCAAUGAGAACCGAAAGUCUGGUUUGGAUUCUGAAAGAAACUGGGGUUUGUAUUAUCCGGAUCAAACGAGUGUUUAUAAUCUUGAUUUUACAGGAAAGGGUACGGUGGAUGUGAAUACGGGUGGAAACUUGACUACCUUAAAUGGGACUUCUUGGUGUAUUGCUUCACCUAAUGCUACGGAGUCAGAUUUAAAAAAUGGGUUAGAUUGGGCUUGUAGUUCUGGAAAUGUGGAUUGUUCUCCGAUUCAGCCUAGUCAACCAUGUUUUCAACCCGAUAGUAUAGCAUCGCAUGCGUCGUAUGCGUUUAAUAGUUAUUAUCAGCAAAAUGGAGCUACUGAUAUUGCUUGUAGCUUUGGAGGAACGGGCAUGAAAACAUACCAGAAUCCAAGUUAUGACAAUUGCUUGUACAUGACCGCUGGGAGCAAAAAAGCUGCUGCAAGUAAUAUAACAACAAACGCAACUUCUUCGGGACAAACAGAGAUUUUACUCCGGGGUCCUUAUUCUUGUCUACUUGUAAUCGUUUUUGCAAUGAUCCACGCUCUUUGAACCAUUCCACGCCUUGUCUAAAGAGACGGCUUUUCGGUAAUGUAUCAUGGAUAGUUUGUAACCUCUUCCCUAGUUUUGUAUCAUAAGGGUAGUGUGGUAGCCAAUUGUUGUAAACAUGUAUGUACCAUCAAAAUAUGAAAGCUGCAUGUUUAUUA